AUGCGCGCGACCAAAACGUCAAGACGGCAGCGGACUACGUCAGAUACCCUGGUUGAACAAAACCGCACCCGCCAUUACAGUAACUUUGACAGUCUGAACGGUCUUUCCCGUGGUUUGACGGCGGCUCAUGCGACCACAAAUGUGCCUGAUCACUCUAAACAGCAUUCUUCGCCUUCCAUCGAUCAGUAUGUUCUCAAUGGGCGCAAUGAGGAACGUGCAAACUUCGCUGUCACUCCACCAAGGCACAGUCGCGACAGGACGUUCCUGGCUGCGUCUGAAUCUCCUGUUGCAGACCAGUCCAAUGUCGGCUCUCACGAAUUUGACCCUUCCAACGGGUCUCGUGGCGGAGGGAAUGGCAUUCACAACGGGCAAUUCUUAUCGCAACCUUCUCACACCUCACCAGAUCCCAGACUGAGUCCUCGCGGAGGAUCAGAGGAUACUUUGCCAAAGUAUAUUCGAACGACCUCAGCGCGGCUGGACGCGGACGACAUCGAACGUCUACGGGCAAAAGGCGCCUUUAUCAUUCCUGCCACGAGCUUGCGCAACGAGUUGCUACGCUGCUACGUCGAGUAUGUGCACCCGUACAUGCCGGUCCUUGAACUGGAAGACUUUCUCGACACGAUCGAGAAGGGCGAAGCUACUAAAACGGUCAGCCUUCUUCUCUUCCAGUCUGUCAUGUUUGCUGCGACCCCGUACAUCGCGUUCAAGACUCUAGCUGCUCACGGCUAUAACGACCGACGGAAUGCUCGCAGGUCUUUCUAUCUCCGGGCGAAGCUUCUUUGUGAUAUGGACUAUGAGCUUGAUCGUCUUACCUUGAUCCAGAGCACUCUCUUGAUGACGUAUUGGAACGAAACACCGGAUGAUCCUAAGGACGUCUGGUACUGGCUGGGCGUGGCUAUUUCGCUGUCCAAACGCAUCGGGCUCAACUGUGAACCUCCUCCAUACCCUCCUCGCAACCAGCUAGAGCGACGGCUUUGGAAGCGCCUAUGGUGGUCAUGCUAUACCAGAGAUCGGUUGGUCUCGCUUGCAUUUCGCCGGCCCCCACGUAUCCGCCAUGACGAAUUCGACCAGCCCAUGUUGAGGCUCUCCGAUUUGGAGACACGACCCUUGUCUGACAGAGUGAGCGAGAUGCUUGGGUCUCAAUGUCCUAUCCUUAAAAAUGAAGCUGCCCGGAUGUUGUUAGCCAGACUAUAUAUUGGCAUGGCUGAGCUUUGCGUUUGCCUGACCCCGAUUCUUGAGAUGCAAUACCGCAAGUCGAAUCAUAUCUCUAUCACUCAGACAACGAAGCUAGACGGAGCUUCAGAAGAUAUCAUCGGCAAUGCGUCAGAUCUGUUGCAAUGCGACCAGAGCUUGAAAAGAUGGUACCAGACCCACGCGAGUUCUCUGCAUUGCUUCAAUGGUUUGCCGAUAGAUCACGCACCAGAAAACUCAGAUCAAGCCUUGGAAGUACACAAAGCAGUUCUAAAGGGCUUGUAUUUAACAUCGAUCAAUAUCUUACAUCGGCCCCAAAUUCUCUCCAGUGCUACUAACUUGGCCCUGGAUCCGGAGAUUCGAGAUCUCUCACGGAGGAAGACUCACGAAGCAGCUAAUGAGCUUACAAUCCUGUAUACAAACCUUUAUGCCCAUGGUUUGGUUCGAUUCCUUCCCAAUACUGCCAUCACCUGCCUGCUCCACGCCGCCAUUAUCCACGUUCUCGACCAGGCAGUUGGCGACAAGGAUAUCCAACAAAGUGCUAGACGAAAGUUCGGUCUCUGCACGCAGACCUUGGAUCAAUUGGGCGAAACAUAUUCCUCUGCCGCGUUCGCGUUCUCUUUUCUUACAGCUGCCGCCAACAAAGUGUCUUCUCGACCGGAGCCAACUGAGGCUCGUAUCAGAAUAAGCGAAAGCAUGCUUGGAGUGAAGUCCCAGAACGGAAAGGAUCUCUCGCAUUUUGGAUGUCAGUUCAAUGUCCCGCCCCCAGCAUUCCCACUGCCUACCGGCGGCUCAACAGCCAUUUCAGCCGCCGACUCGGAGCUGAGCAGAGCUCCUUCUCGGAUGGAUCUCCGAGGAGCGGCCCAGGGGCAUGAGGAUACAGCGUCCACUAUGUGCAACGAAGGUGCUUGGAGACAACAUCGAGUAAGUGUCGGCGCCGGGGAUAACAUUGCCAUUUGUGAUACAGAUGACAACCAGAACAACAUUAACUCCAAUGUAUGUGCGGUUCGUGGGGAUGGGCGAACGGUCGACGGAAUACAACAAGACUUCGACUGCUUCCUGGAUAUGGAAGGCUCUGCAGACUUUUUCAAUCUGUCAGACGAGCUUGGAGUGAGCUUUGAGACGCAAUGGGGCAACGGGUUGACACUUUGGGACCCUGCAUCGCUUGAGACGAGAAACUUUUCUCAGACUACACCAAAAUAG